AUGAUGGAAGUGUUGAAGGAAGUAACUGAGCUGAAUGAGCCCCUCUCAAAUGAGGACAGAAACCUGCUGUCUGUAGCCUACAAGAAUGUAGUUGGAGCUAGGCGAUCUUCCUGGCGUGUCAUCAGCAGCAUAGAGCAGAAGACUAUGGCAGAUGGGAACGAGAAGAAGCUGGAGAAGGUUAAAGCCUAUAGGGAGAAGAUAGAAAAGGAGCUGGAGACAGUCUGCAAUGAUGUGUUGGCUCUCCUAGAUAAGUACUUGAUCAAGAACUGCAAUGACUUCCAGUAUGAGAGCAAGGUCUUUUAUCUGAAAAUGAAAGGGGAUUACUACCGCUAUUUGGCAGAAGUUGCUGCUGGGGAGAAGAAGAACAGUGUUGUGGAAGCCUCAGAAGCCGCCUAUAAAGAGGCUUUUGAAAUCAGCAAAGAGCACAUGCAGCCCACUCACCCAAUUAGGCUUGGGCUGGCACUCAAUUUCUCAGUGUUCUACUAUGAGAUCCAGAAUGCUCCUGAGCAGGCCUGCCUUUUAGCCAAACAAGCCUUUGAUGAUGCCAUAGCAGAGCUGGACACACUAAAUGAGGAUUCCUACAAGGACUCCACUCUCAUCAUGCAGUUGCUUCGAGAUAACCUCACUCUGUGGACGAGUGACCAGCAAGAUGAAGAAGCAGGAGAGGGCAAUAAUUAAAAAGCUUUCCUCCGAUCCCUCUUUCAUCCACUUCACCAUCCCCAUCAUCACCAAUAUUUCCUUGCCACAGUCACACUAAAUAUCUAGUGCUAAGCAUAUCUGUAUUGUACAACUGUUCAGAUCUGCUGUCCACUUUAUCAAGAAGCAGUCUCAGAUGAAUCUUUAUGGGCAUUGAUGAAUUGAUUGGUUUAUUGGCCCUUGCACUUGAACAGUGCAGAAAGAUGCAUAGUAAAUGAGGCAAUUUUAGUUUGCCUGUUGAUUGGAAAAUAUGGUAAAGAAUAAUGGAAAGUGAUUGAAGAUGAUUAGAUUCCAGUUAAAUUUUUUUUUCCAUUUGAAAUGAGCUGAGAGUUCUGUUAAGCAGUACAUUUGUGCAUGCAAAGUAAAUCAGCCACCCCAAAUUUUUUUCAGUCACUGAAAACAGUUAAGCUGAUGUGAAAUGACAACCCUGUUCAUCAGUUUACGAUAAACUGUUUGAAAUGUGAGGUUUCGGUAGCAAUUUGUUUUUUUGCCUCUAACUUAUGUGCACAGUUUCUUUUAAUGCAGUGCAUCUACCUAAGAGUUUUGAUACUUGUAACCUUUUGCGGUUGUUUUGAAGAAUCAUGAAUUUAUUUUUUGUAAACUCUUUGGCUGUUUAGUUGUCUGUGUAUUCUGACAACGCUAUGUCAAUAUUAGCCCAUGUUAAGAUGGAUGACUGAGAUGCCAGACUUCUAAAUUAAAUGUUUUGGAAUUAAAUGAAUAAAAUAAAAUGCUGCUUCGGGGAUGUUAUCUCUA